CCUAUUUUCCCCUUUUUGUCUUUUUUUAACCUGGAAAUUCAAAUAAGUGUACAGAUUUUGAGCCAAAGACACCAUGAAAGGAAGCAAACCACUUGGAAAAGGGCCAACUCAAACCACAUUUAUGAAAAGAUAAACCCUACACACAACGGGUUUGAAACCACAAAAUGAAGAGCAAAGCCCAUAAGACAAACGGGCUUGAUAGAAGAAACUCUAGCAAACAAAUCUGGCUAUUGUGCUAACAGCCAAAUUCAUGAGGAUAUACUUAUAGGGCCAGGAUUCGACCACAUCAACAAAAAAAAAAAAAAGGAUGGUUGUGAUUUGUUGGCUUGAGAAAUGGCUUGAUUUGCCCUCAAAUGAAAAACUGAGUCGGCUAGCUGGCUAAGCCGAAGGAGAGGGACCACCAAAACCUUUUCACUCAUCCUUUCUCAUUUCAAUUUGUCAUCUCUCCCCGAUUCCACCUCCUUCCUCUCCUUCCCUCUAGAUCUCUUCUUCGCCCCAACCUCUCUGUCACUACAAAACCCUAGUCUCCAAGAGAGAAAUGAGAGAUGAAGAGUACACCGUGGUAGCUGGGGAUCAAAGAGUUAAAUAGGAUACAACUUCAAGCUCGUCGCUUCUUCAUAAAUAAGAAGCCUAGGGAUUCAUAGUCAACGACGAUGGACAAGGGUACGGCGACGGGGAGAGGAGAAAGAUUGGUUCCAAACCUGGUCUCCCUACUUCUUCCGACGAGUCUGACGACCGAGAGCACAAGAAAAACAUGUGGGAGAUCAGAUGCUAUGGUUCUGUCCAGGAAAUAACAUUUGAGCCUUUAAUAUGUGUGAACGACUGGAGCAUAUUACAAGAAAGGAGGAAGUUAAUUUUGUUGAAUCCUGUAGUGAAGAAGACAUUUUCAAUAUGGGUUUCCGACGAGGUGGGUUUGGAUGGGGAAAUGAUUUCUGCAGAAGAUAUACGAAGAUUUCAAGUUCUCGAACGUGAUGUGGCAAAAAAGGAGAUAUUGCCUCAUCGUGUGCACUCAACAAAUGGCUGGCCAAACUCCCAGAUGUUGGUGUAGUUGUGUCACUCUUAGAUAUUUGUAUCAACUAAAUAUCAUGCUCUAGAAUGUAUGUGUAAUAGAAUUAAGUUGCCAUGCACUUUCUCGGCGAGGAUAAGCCAUUGAAAUUAACUAUAUUGUUAGUUGCAAUGCACUUUCUCAGUUUUCCUCUAGAAGAGAGGAAUGUUGUCCAACAUAUAUAGGAUUUGUGUUGAACCCGUAUAGAAUAUGUGUUUAAUUAAAUACUAAAUAUGAGUUAACAUGAUAGUGAAUAUGAGUUUGGUUAACAAUGAAUAUGGAUGUACCUGAUAUUAAAUGAGUUUAUAUAUGGAUGAAUAUAUAAGUUCAGCUGAAAAUUGACUAUACCUAGAACUGCAUUCUUCCAUAUAUAGUUUGUGAUCUAACUUAAUAUGACCUCGAAGAUGAAUGAAUAAUGGUUCAUCAUUUUCAGAAUUCUGCCACAAAGAUCUUUGAAUUUGAGUUGAAAUUGUGAGAAAUAUGAGUUGACAAGGUAUCAAAGAUGUGAAUGUAAGAAUUAUGAACAUAAUAUGAGUUUGCCCUAUACAUAAAACUUGAUGGCAUUUUAAGAGUCAUUUGUAAUAACAUAACAGUAAAUGUGCUAACAUGCUACUACUCAUACUUGGAACACUGUGCUCUUGGUUGAAUUCUUAUCGUCACUUUGUGGCUAAAAGUCCAUUUAUUUUUGUUGGAAUACUUAACAUUAAAUAUGAGUUGAGUAGAAACUGGAUACUCAAUAUGACUUGAACUAACAGUGAAUAUAAGUUUAUUUGGAUUUAAAUAUGAGCUUACAUAUGGUAGAAUCCGAGUUAAUUUCAUAUUGAAUAUGACUUGUAUAUAAUACCAGGUUAACUCAUAUUUAUCUAGAUGUUAACUCGUAUAUAAUAUCAAGUUAACUCAUAUUCAUUGUCUAUUCAACUCAUAUUCAAAAACAUGUAUUAUCAUAUUCGGUGUCAGUUGAACUCAAAUAUACCAAUCCUCAUAUUAUACUAGUUCAACUCAUAUUCAUCCAAAAAUUUACUCAUACAUAAUACCAGGAUAACUCAUAUUCAUUCAGAUGUUAACUCAUAAAAUAUCAGGUUAACUCAUAUUCAGUGUCUACUCAUUCAUAUUCUAUAACAUGUAUUCUCGUAUUCGGUGUUAGUUGAGCUCAAAUAUACCAAUCCUCAUAUUCGAUACUAGUUCAACUCAUAUUCAUCCAAAAAUUAGCUCAUAUAUAUUACCAAGAUAAGUCAUAUUCAUCCAGAUGUUAACUCAUUAAAUAUCAUGUUAACUCAUAUUCAAUGUCUACUCCAUUCAUAUUCUCAUAUUUGGUGUCAGUUGAACUCAAAUAUACCACUUCACAUAUUUGAUACUAGUUCAAUUCAUUCAUAUGUUAACUCACAUAUAAUACUAGGAUAGAUCAUAUCCAUCCAGAUGUUAACUCAUAUAACAUAUCAUGUUAACUCAUAUUCAGUGUAUACUCAAUUCAUAUUAUAUAGCAUGUAUUCUCAUAUUCGGUGUCAAAGGGACUUAAAUAUACCAGUUCGAUAUUUGAUACUAGUUCAACUCAUAUUAAUUUACAUGUUUUUAAUGAUUGGUAAACUCAUAUUCACUGUCAGUUCAAAUAAUAUCCAGUAACAGAUCAAUUCAUAUUCGGUAUUAUUUAACUCGUAUUCAAUAACAUUUAUUUUCAUAUUCAGUAUUGAUUGAACUCAAAUAAUAGAAUUCUAAUGUUUGAUGAGCACUUCUACUAUGCUAUAUAGUAUUGGUGCUUUAAUGUACAACUUAAAGUUGUACCAUAACAUUAAAUGUAUAAGUUUAGG